AUGGAUUCCAUCUAUUCAAGCAAAAUUUCUCAAAUUAUCCGUGCCAUUAAUGGCGAAGCUUCAGAUGAUACAAAAUAUGGGAUUCAUUGCAUUGCAAUCAAAUCUGCUCUGAACGUGGAAGCUUCUGUAGCCACUUCCAUCAUCAGCUUCUAUCUUCAUCUGAAUGACUUAGAAAGUGCAAGGUCUCUAUUUUAUUUGAUACCUACAAAAGAUUUCAUCUCAUGUACUGCUAUGAUAACCGGCCUGUCCAAGUGUGGAGAGUUCAUGGAAGCUAUAAACAUGUUUCGCUCAAUGCAAUCUUACUUUGACAGUCCUAAUCUUGUGAGCUUCUUAAGUGUUCUGCCUGCUUGCGCAAAUACUGGAUCUUUGCAAUAUGGAAAGCAGAUUCAUGGAAGUACUAUAAGGAGGGAAUGGCAUAUGGAAGGAAAACUACAAAACUCCCUUAUUGACAUGUAUGCGAAAUGUUGCAACAUGAAUGCUGCAAGUUUAGUUUUUGAUGCCAUGGAGACGAAGGAUGAUAUCUCAUGGAAGAAUCUGAUCAUAGGAUGCAUACAAAAUGGAGUGCUUAGGAAGGCAAUUGGUUACUUUUCUAGAAUGAGAACUUCUCAGGUCGAACCUGGAGAGAUUAUCGUCCGCAACUUAAUAGCGAUAUGCCCUCAACUUAAUUGCUUUAAGUUUGGAAUAGAAUUGCACUGUUGUUGCAUAAAGAAUGGGCUUUUGACUUUAGCUUCUAUUGGGGCAGCAAUUCUUAAGAUGUAUGCAGAUUUCAAAGAGAUUGAAAUGGCACAAUUGCUGUUCAGUGAUCUUCAGCACAAAGAUCACAUAACAUGGAGCAUGAUGAUGUCGGUAUGUUCUCAUACCAAACAAGCAGUUCGAGCUCUGAAAAUAUUUAAUGAUAUGGUAAUUGAAAAUGUUGAAGUUAAUGAAAUUACAUUGGUUAGUUUGCUUCAAGCUUGCUCUUUGCUGAGAGCAUUGGAACUAGGAAGAUGCACACAUGGCCAUUUGAUCAAAUUGGGAUAUAAUUGUAAUGCGUUUGUGAUUUCAUCCUUGAUUAAUUUCUACUGUAAGCUUGGGAUUCUAGGAAAAGCAGAGAUCUUGUUCAAUAGUCUUCAGGAAAAAGAUCUUGUUUGUUGGAGUUCCAUGAUACAUGGUUAUGGCAUCAAUGGACAUGGAGAAAAGGCCAUUCGUUCCUUUUCCGCCAUGUUAGAUCAGGGAUUGAUGCCGAACGAGAUCGUGUUCGUUUCUCUUUUAUCAGCUUGUAGCCGCUGCGGUUUUCUCGAUGAGGGGUGGAAGUGGUUCAAUUCAAUGGAGGAGAAGUUUGGUGUCACUCCUUCCCUUGCACAUUAUGCUUGCAUUGUGGAUUUGCUUGGCCGCAAAGGGAAGGUGGAGAGAGCACUGGAGGUCAUAAGGACAAUGCCAUUCGAACCUGAUGGUAGUAUAUGGAUUGCUUUGCUCAGCUGGUGUGGAACCAGUGAUGGUGAUCUGAAGGUUGCCGAAAUUGCAGCAGAGAAGCUUGUCAGGAUUGAUCAAACAGGUUGA